GCAUUGAAACAGGGUGUGGUCCUGAAACCAGCAAGGUCUGUAGUAGUGCCCUAGGGUUUAAAUUGAGCUGAAUGAUCCCAGCCCUGUAGUCAUCCUCUCAUUUUCCACAUCUCUCUCUUUGACUUUUUCUCUCAACCUUUCAACAUUUGUUGAGACUUUCAGAUUUCUUGUUUUGGAUUUUAAGUGAAUCAUUUUACACGUUUGAGGAGAGCCAGUGGCUAACACCCACAGGAAAGCUGUGCAUGUAUCUGGGUUUCACCUGAGGCUUUCUGGUGUUGCUGAUCUGCUGGAUUCUCUGGUUUGAGUGCUGCCUGCCUCGGCUGUGCAGGAGUGAGACCUGAAGACUGACUGUGUGUAGCAGGUGUUUGAUAGGAAUAAACAAAAAGCAGUCAUGCUGCGAGACGCCAUGUCCAACCUCUUGAAAUUUCAUGAAUAUGUAAAAGCAAGAACUGACUCCCGGGUCAGAGACUACCCUCUGAUGCAGGACCCCUUACACAUGACCUUCAUCCUGUUGACAUACGUCUUUUUCUCGCUGUAUGUGGGACCUCGCCUCAUGGCAAACCGCAAGCCCUAUCGUCUCAACACAGCCAUGCUCAUCUAUAACUUCAGCAUGGUUGCAUUCAAUGCAUACAUAGUCUAUGAGUUCUUGAUGUCAGGAUGGGGCACCAACUAUACGUGGAGAUGUGACCUCAUUGACACCUCAACUAGCCCACAAGCUUUUCAGAUGAUUCGAGUAUCUUGGUUGUUUUUCUUUUCAAAAUACAUCGAACUCAUCGACACCGUGUUUUUUGUGUUAAGGAAGAAACAAAGCCAGAUCACAUUUCUUCACGUCUUCCAUCACUCCUUCAUGCCCUGGACGUGGUGGUGGGGCAUCACACUUACUCCUGCUGGAGGAAUGGGUUGCUUCCAUGCCAUGGUGAACGCAGUGGUCCACGUCAUUAUGUACUUCUACUACGGACUCUCUGCUGCAGGGCCUCGCUUCCAGAAAUACCUGUGGUGGAAGAAGUACAUGACCGCCAUUCAGCUUACACAGUUUGUUCUGGUCUCGGUCCACAUCAGCCAGUACUACUUCAUGGAGAAGUGUGAUUACCAGGUCCCUCUUUGGAUUCACCUCAUUUGGAUGUACGGUGUCUUCUUCUUCCUCCUCUUCUCCAACUUUUGGAUUCAGUCCUACAUUAAGGGCAAGCGGCUCCCUGUCAACCUGGACAAACCAAAACAGAAUGGCUCGACGAAUGAACCGCUCACUGUGGUGGCAAACGGGAAACACCUGGAGAUCGGGAAUGGGAAUGCACACAAUAACACAAACGGAAAAAUCGUUAUUGGCAAAGUAAAGGAAAUUUAACAUAGUGACUGGAAACAGCAAGAAGGAGGUUCUAUAGUGCUAUCUUUAAAUACAUCAUUCAUCACAGAAGCAUACUGGACUUGGUCCAGAUUUAUGUUUGCUUCUUGUCAUAAUUUCUGUGUUAGCCUUGUUUUUCUUGUGCACACUUGUUCGGAUAUGAAUGGCAUGUUGUGUUUUGUUGGUGAUCUCUACCUGACACAUUGUGUUGUCAGUCAUUGUGAAACAUGUUAACUGUGAUGAACACUGUAUGAAGAUUGGUGCUCAUUUUCUCACUAAUAGUAUUCAUCAUCUCAGGCUCUACCCACACAAGCCUUAAUAUCACAGUUUCCACUGAAGGCUAGCAUACAUAAAUAACUGCGAUCAAGGUUAGAACUUUAAAAAAAAAAAAAUUAUUGUAAAUGUCAAAUAUUUAGUUUUUUUCUGUUUUUAUUUAUCUUUUCAAAUAAAACAAAUUUUAGAUAAAGGUCUGUGUCAUUUGAAAAGCAGUUAUGGUGUGCACUUUCUAAGUAACAUACCACACCUAUUUUGUUUUUUAAAUUGUAAGUACUGUGGGAAAGGAAUGUUAUACUGUAUAUUACAGUAUUGAUGCAUUUGCAUUUUUGCAUAAUGAGGUAGUGACAUACACUGCUGUUUUUGUUCAAGCCUAUGAACCACUGAGUUUUGCAUCACUGUACAGUCAGCACACUGGGCAGGAAGUUACUGAAAACAACCAACUAUUAAACUCUGCUGUCGAUGGCUGUUUCUUAAUAUCACUGCAGAAUGUAAAUAUUAUUAAAACUACCAGUGUUUUUACUGUUGUUGUUGAUUACACAUUUACACUGAUAACAGUAGAAGGACAAACUAGUUCUAAAUGUCUGAUAUUUACCUCAAAAAUAUAUUUUAAUAGAUGUUUACCUGCAACAAGAAGCUGUUAUAAUACUAACCAUAACAAUGUUUCAAAGAUUAACCUGUUUCUUACCUUAAAAAUAAAACAGUCUAUAUUAUUUUGUAAA